GGCGCAGGAUAUGCAUUUCAUGUUGAUCAUACACUGCCCAUCAUACAAAAAGAGUAUUUCAUAUUAAAAUAACGAGCAAUGGGGGCCAAGAAGAAGCAAAAGCUCUUGUCUGCUGCUGUGGAUGAUUUGAAUGCUGGUCUGCAGGCCAUUCUCCAUGACGCCUCCCUAUCCACUGAGGAGCGGGCCUCUUCGGCCGGCCGCGCGCUGCGUCAGCCCGGCCUGCCGUCUGGCGUCUGCCGCGCCGCUGUCGACUGGCUGCUGGUUCAAUCCGACCCAGCGGUGGGGGCCACACUUCGGGACUGUCUCUCGACUCCCGGAGUUCAGUGCGCGGUGGAUGCGGAGCCGAAGAUGCUGGAUAAAGUGCUGCUCUCCGCGGCUGGUGUGAGUGGUGGGUCUGAUGGUGCUGGAAGAGAUGUGAGAGAUGAGGGAGGUCGUUCAACUGGUGGUGGUGCAAGCCGUGGAGAGGCAGUAACGCUGGAUCUAUCGGCCUUCCCCGCAGAACUUCUCAUCAGCCCAGCAGCCUCCGCGGCCAAUCAAGCUCUAGCUUCGUCCUCAUCCACCAACCUCUCAAACUCUCAUAACGUCACCGACUCGAAUGACGUCACUGAUUCCACUGACAUCACUGAUUCCCGCUCCGUGUCGCUGUUUCGAUGUCUGUGCUCGCGUCUUUCCAGCGUGGCCGAUCCGUCUGAAUCCCUCCGCGCUACCUAUCUCGCCGAGCUCCUUCUUCCCAGCCUGCGUCUGGCCUCUGCUCGACCCGACCUCACAGAUACCGUCAGAGGGCCUUUCGAGGCGAUCGCUCUAGGUUCGGACGGACUAGCUGGACUGACGGCUGCGGCAGGGGAGGGACAUAAGGCCCCUGAAGGACCGGCCCAGCAGCUGCUGAACGCGCUACAGAAUCUGUCGGCGACGGAGCCGUCACUUGGAGUUGAACUUCUAGGUCUUCUGGCCGGGAGGCUACUAAAAGAGAAGACACCCCUGAAUGUGAUCACUCUCCUGGCGAGAUCUGUUGGAAUCGCCACUGAAGCGCUUGAUGAGACCCAGAAAACACCUCAGAAGUCGACACCGAGCGAACUCGAGACCGACCUUCCGCUAUCCACUCGUCUCUUGAUACUCGGAAGACUCGCCAGAUGUAUCCGCGAAGCUCGUUUACCUCUCACCUCAGCAUCUGGCGGACAAACCCUCCUUCAGUGGCUACGGGCGGCGGCGGCUUCCGCAGAAUAUUCAGCUAGUUCUGCAGCUUCGUAUCGAGACGCUGACACGGCUGCGGCGUGGUUUGACUGUGCGGCUGAGCUGAUGAGGGUGACACCUCUAGUUCUGCCACUGCAGGGCAGGCUUGGAGCGGUACUGCUGGAGGCGAUUGAGGAGAGUCAUGGGGAGGAGGGUCCCGCCUCGGCCACCGCCACUCGUCUGGUCUCCCUCAUCAUGAGCACCUACUCGGAGCUGCGACAGCUGCCCAGACUGCUUCCACGUCUCCUACUGGCCGCCCGCCAACUCUCUUCAACAUCAACACCGUCACCAGCUUCAACACAUACACCGAAGAAGCGGAAACACCACGAAGAGGAAGCGGGAGAAGCGAGGAAGCGGAGGCGGCUGCGUCUGACGCCUGCUCAGGAGGCGCAGUUGGCUGAGCUGGUGGCGCGCCUGCCGCAGCAGCACGUGCAGGACGUGUGGAAGACCCUGCUGUACCAUCUGACGGAGGACGGAGCGGCCAGGAUGGCGCGCGGAGAGGAGAGCGAAGAUCUCAUCUCUCCGGUCCUGGAGCUCACUUUACAGCUGCUCUCCGUUUUUCUCGGGCACGCCGCCGUGAUCGACCAGACCACCGUCACGGCCGCCACGCGCGCUCUGUUGGCCGGUCUGAUGACUCAAACUGCCGAGACUCUGCAACAGGUGGCAGCACAAGUCACCAAAACAUACAGGUCCCCAGGUCACGUGUCCGGCCUGCUCUCCGCCGCUCUCUCCUGGCGGCGCCUGCACUCUGCCCUGCUGCACUACUGCCCCGCCUACCGGUCAGAGAUGACGUCAGAGGACGCAGGGAUGACGUCACCUCUGGCGCCACUCGGGGAGAAGCGAUGGACGAAACUGGUGAAACUGGAGGCGGCGACUGAGGCCGAGUGCCAGACACUGGUGACGGAGUUCGUCUCUGAGGCGGCCCGAGUCGCUCCGCCGGACUGGCAACCGCCCGCCGCGGCGGGGGCGAGGGCGGGUCGCCCGCUGAGCGGCCCCGCCCUCCUGCCCCUCUCCCCCUCCCAGCUGGGCGCUCUGCUCCCCUCGGGAGCUGAGCAGCGCCCCCUGCCUCUCGCUGUAGCUGUCCUACUGGCCGACCGGCUGGCAACGGCUCUGCCACCUAGCGACGGGAAAAGGAAGCUCGAGUGCGGCCGGCCACCGCAGCAGCUGGCGGCGGCGCUGCGAGCGGCGGCAGCAGCGGCGCUGGAGAGGAUGGAUGCGACGGUGAAGAUGCCACAGCCUAUGCCGGAAGAUGUGCUGGAGAUUCUGGAGGAGGUUGGAGCAGCAUUGCAGGCAGACGCAGAACGCUGGAGCUCGACCAAUGGAAGUUCAGAGGCGGAAGAUGUGAAGUCUGGGAAAAGUUCAGCCUCACUGACGAGGCCUCUUCAGCUGGUGCUUGCUCUACCACUGGAGCAUGUCUCGGAGCUGGCAGCGUCUCUCCUCCUCCCACUGCUCUGCCUCUGCCUCCUGCACUCUCCCUCCGGCGGCAGAGUGCGGGAGCUGGCUCUCUCUGCCCUUACAGCUCUGCUCGUUUCGACGGGCUGCAGCCGACCGCUGGAGACAAUCCAACCGGGGAGACUCCUCACAUGGCUGGCUGCCACUCCUCCCUCUCUCCCCUCCUCCCAUACUCUUUCCACUGACAGUGAUGGCUCGGAAUCAAUGGAUGAGGACGAAACAACCUCUAAGAGUCAUACAGACUCGAAACAUACCAACGGUACGGUCUCCUCUCCCAAACCCCGCCGGAAAUCUACCACGUCUGUUCCAAACGGCUGUGCUGGCGAGGUCGCGGGUUCAACUCCUGGCGCCGGCUGUACUUUGGCCCGCCGGGCAGUACUGCGCUGUUACCCGGGCAGACGCUGUGCCCGGCUGGGGCCGGUGGCGGAGCAGCUGGCGGCGCGACUGCAGGACGGCUCGGCGGGAGAGGGAGCGCUGGAUACGCUGGUCGAGAUGCUGCAGCACUUCGUGCAGGCCAACACCUCUCUGAAGGGCUCGGACUCCGCCGUGAAGGAGCAGGCCAAGUCUCUCUCCGCCUCUCUGCCGCGCCUGCUCUGCGCUCUCCCCUCUGCCGGUCGGCGCCUCACUCUCUCCUCACUGGCUCUUCUGGUUCCUCUGCGAGCCCAUAAACCCACGGCGGCCGGGGGCCGCCCGCCACGCUGGCGGAGACUGCUUGCCGAGAUGUUCCCCGUGGCUUUGGAAGCUGCUAGAAGCAAGGAAGAGGAAGUGGAAAGGAAGAGGGAGAGUGAGGUGGAGGAGAGAGUGACGGAGGAGGGAGAGCAGGGAGCGGCCUGGGAGCUACUGACGGCAGUGUGUGCAGCCAGGGAACAUCUGAAGAGUGAUCUGCCGCCGGGAUAUGUACUGGAUGUGUGGCGGUGUGCCCGCUCGAGUGACGUCACUGUCGAUCAGCUGCGCACAGUGCUGUCAGCCGCUGAUGAUGCCGAAAUUGAACAGAUGGUCACCGAGCUGACAGACGAGACGACGUCUCUGCCGGUCUCUCCAUCCGCCGCCGCCCUCUGGCGUCGCCUGCUCUCCGCCUGGAGGGCACUGGCCGGCUGUACCCAGCUCUCCACCGCUGGCCGCGCCCAGCAGAGGCGCGGGCUGACCCGGCUGCUGGCCCGACUGGCCGAUACGCUGGUUAGAGAGCCAGCGGCGCUGGUCGGGCCCGGAGAGAGUGUGGGAGCGGAGGGACAGAGGCUGAGAGUGGAGGUCGUGGAGACGGUGACGGCCGCCGUGGCGCAAAAACACGUUCGUCUGUCGGACACUGCCUACGCGGACGGCGUGCAGUGCUGCCACCUGGAUCUGAGCUCCCUGACUACCCUGGAGGCCUGUGAGGUGCUGAGGACCGUCUGUGAGCUGAUAUACCAGCUGGUCGGCACCCACCAGGCUGUGAUCUCUACCAGGCUACCCCUAAUCACUCAGGCUGUACAGUCAGUUGCGGAUGAGGUGUGUCAAAGAGCCGCCCAGCAGAAACGGCCCAGCUCGGACGAGGUGGCAGCCCUGGUGGCGACAGCUAAUAGGAUGACCAGGGCUGUGCGGGAGCUGGUCCAGCUGGGACCCCUCUCGGAGCCGCUGGCGCCGUACCUGAUAGCGGACCUGCUUACACUGAUACAGAGGGAGCCGAUCGACGCAGAGGUUCAGGAGGCCCUCACUGCCAGUCUGUUCUGCCUGCUGACCCAGUGCCGUAAGGAAGUCAUCACGCGUCUGCGGGUCACCCUGCCGGCUACAGUCACCCAUCUCUUCCACACGACCGUCAGCACGUACAAGAAGUUCCACAAGUUCGUCGGACGGGUGUAGUGUAUGAGGACGACGCUAGAGUGUGAGAAGGAACGAAUAACACUGCUAGAUGACAGGUCGAGUGAAACGGAGGAGGGUUUGUUGGGGCUGAUUCAGGUGCCUUACCACCGUUUACCUGUUACCUAAUGGUUUGUUGUUAAUCUGCAGUGCGGAGAAUGCAAAUACAGCUGCUGGGAUUGAUGGUAAA